AGACCAGAUCUGUGUUGUUUGAAGGACAGUGCAGCUUCUGUUGUUGCUUAUCUCCUGCUCUAGAGCUAACCAUUUUCAGUUUGGCAGUUUUUCACAGCUGUACUAUCCAAAAGAAUCUACCUGCCAAAAUGACAUCCUAUUCAGGACGUUCAAUCCAGAGCACCUCAGGGAGGGUGCAGGUCAACAAAUUUAAUCCUGUUAGCUCUGGCCCCUCUAGUGUUAGGACAGGUGGGUCCUUUAGCAGCCGGAGCAUUGGAGCCCCUAUACAAUCUAUUCCCUUAAUGUCUACUGUAACACUCAAUCAGAAUCUGCUGGCCCCUUUGAAACUGGACAUUGACCCCAAUAUUGGCCAUGUUCGAAAACAGGAAAAGGACCAGAUCAUGGACCUGAACAACAAAUUCGCUGCACGCAUAGAUAAGGUCCGUUUUCUUGAACAGCAAAACAAAAUGUUGGAGACCAAAUGGAGCCUUCUACAGGAACAGAAAACCCAAAAGUGCAAUGUUGAGCCAAUGUUUGAAGCCUUUAUCAAUGGCCUUCGUAGACAAGUAGAUAACAUCAACAGUGAUCGAGACAAGCUGAACAGUGAACUAAGAAAUAUGCAAGAUUUAGUUGAAGAUUUUAAAAACAAAUAUGAAGAUGAAAUUAACAGAAGGACUGGUCUUGAAAAUGAAUUUGUUACAAUAAAAAAGGACGUGGAUGCAGCAUAUCUCACAAAAGCUGAUCUUGAUGAUAAAAACAAUAGCCUUGCAGAUGAAAUUAACUUCCUGAGAGCAGUGCAUGAUGAGGAGAUCCGCUGCAUGCAGUCUCAAAUACAAGAUGUUUCUGUCAUUGUGGAACUGAAUAACAAUAGAGGACUGGACAUGGACAGCAUUAUUGCUGAUGUAAAAAGUCAGUAUGAAGCUUAUUUGAGCAAGAGCCGACAGGAGGCCGAGGACACGUACAAGAGUAAGUACGAUGAACUGGCAAAGCAGGCUGGACAAUUUGGUGAUGAUCUCCGUCUUACAAAGAAUGAAAUUGCAGAGCUCAACAGAUACAUUUCUAAACUUAACCUUGAAAUCGACUCUUUAAGAAACCAAAAUUCUGGACUUGAGAGUGCAAUAGUGGAUGCUGAAGGCCGUGGUGACAAAGCUGUUAAUGAUGCCAAGGCAAAAAUUGCUGACCUUGAUGCAGCUUUACAGAAAGCAAAACAAGACAUGGCUAAUCAAGUACGAAUGUAUAAUGAUAUAAUGAAUGCAAAACUGAGGCUGGACAUGGAGAUUGCUACCUACAGGAAACUUCUUGAAGGAGAGGAGGACAGGAUGAACACAGAUGCUUCUUUCUCUGUGCGUGCUGUACCUGUUUCUGCCAGUCGCUCCUACACUUACGAAUCAGUUCCAAGUACGCCAUCUGGUCCUUCAGGAAAAACUGUGAUGAUCAAAACUGUCGAAUCCUCAAGAGACGUCAGAGGAGUUAUUUCCAAAUAAAACGCUACUGUGCAUUUCCUACAAAAGUGAAUGCACAGCCUUCUUUAACAACGAAUGAUUGGGCAAGUUAUGUUUUCAUUAUUGCAACAUUUAGAUAAACUUUGUUAUCCCCAACACAGAAAUAUGGCACUGCUGGGUAAAAUGCAAUAAAUGCAGUGGUCAUUAUUUGUAAUGCAACUUUUGCAGUAAUUCUCUAAGUGUAUGAGAAUUUUACAUAAAGGCAUGCACUACGAGUCUAUCUCUGUGACAUGUACUUCAGGUCAGAAAUUUUUUUGAGUAAAUAAUGAGCAAAUAUUAAACAUGCAAUAGCUAAUUAUGCUUUGUCCUUUAAUUUUCCAGCCUAAGAAUGCUAUAAGGAAGUACUGUAAGAAAAAUCCUCUGUAAAUCCAAUUGUUUGAGAAAUGCAUCUAAAAGCAGUAUAAUGAUUUCGGGGGGGCUCUUUCAUGCUCAAACCUUUUUUAGUCCUGGCUCAUACAAAUUGUUUUAAUUUCUAACAUAUUGUAUAGGUGGUGACAAAGCAGAGAAAGAAUUCCAAAAGGAUGACCUGAACUAUUGACAUUUCCCAUUGUACAAUAUUUUCAAUGUUCCUCAGAAAAUGGUAGUACCUCUGCAGAAUGGGUGUGUCUUGUCUUUAUUUAUGUAAAUUCAUAAAAGCAACAAAUGCAGCAGUUCACAAAACUGAACAAAGUUAUAGUCAAAGCUAUUAUGUUCAAUCAAAUAUGGCUCAGCAUACUGCCAUAAUUUUAUAAUGUUUUUGAAAUAAAGAAAGGUCAUGAAACUGUAAUCUGUAAAACUAUGAAGGGUUUUAAAAUGAUGCCAUGCAUUGAAGCAUGCUAAGCAAGUAGCGUGAUAAAUAAAGGAGUUUCCUAAAGCUCUACUGAA